CCAUCGUUAUAUCCUAUUGUUAGUGUACCGUGUUAGUAUCCCUUGUUUAGUUACCGCAUUGCCUUCUAUCAUCGAACGUACUAAAAAACAGUUAAACAAUCUUAUGCGUGCCAAAACCGUCCAUCCAUCGAUCUUCAAUGAAUCGAUCGUUCGCAAAUUGCGUUCAUCAUAUUGUGGUUAUAUCACUGAACAGGUUCCCCACGACGCUCGCCGUUCCAAGGAUCGAGAUCAAUUUUGACACACCGAACCGGGAUCGUUUCCUGCGUGAUGAGUUCCCGCAUCGCAAUCGCUAUACGGUUCUUGGCCGGGGUAGCUACGGGGUGGUAAUCAAGGCUCAGUAUAAAGGUAAAUCAGUUGCGGUGAAAAUUGUAGAGAAACAAAAGAAGUACCGUUGCCGGUAUGACUCGUUGCGGAAUGAGUCUAAUGUGAUGAAUUUGAAACAUGAGAACAUAGUUCGUGUGCUGAAAAUUAUUUCUGGUGCUCAGUAUGGAUUGGUCAUCAUGGAACGGUUCGACGGGCAUUGCUUACAAAAUAUCUUGAAUGAAAACUACAUGAUCACAAUCUACCAUCGAUUGAUGAUUUUGUGCGACAUUAUAAACGGCCUUUGCUUCUGCCACCGCAACCACAUAGUUCAUCUCGAUGUAAAACCCCAGAAUGUGAUCGUUUGUCUGCUGAAACUGGGCUGUCAAUCCAACGGUCAAUGCAGUCACGUGCGAAAGUACACCUGUAAGCUGUGCGAUUUUGGUUCCUCAAUUUUGUUGAAUAAUUUAAAUCUGAAUGAAAAAUCCAGUAAUCGUGGAACGAUUCGAUACAUGGCCCCAGAACUGCUCCGAGGAAUGGGCAAUAUAUCGGAGAUGGCAGAUAUCUACUCGUUCGGUAUAACCAUGUGGCAGCUCAGCGAGGGUAGAGACCCGUACGAUUCAAUCAGUUCCAAUGAUGCGGUUGCCUACAACGUGGUUAAGAAGAAACUGCGACCCGAUAGUGUGACAACAGCGGACAUCCUGCGAACGGAACCGGUAACUAUUCCGUCUCGUAAAAGCAAUCUGCUCCAGGCUCCACAGUUUCGUUCCCGCAAAAACAGUGACAACUCGUUGGAUGUUUGGCAUGGAAAUCUGAAACCGAACGGAAAUUCCCAUAUGAGUCUUCGCAGCAGUAUUCUCAUUUCUUCCAACAGCCCGGCGGACUGCCAGCAGCCAAACGUCGAGUGUGCAGCCGCCGCCAUGAGUGAUAUGCUGAAACAACAGGGUAUCGACCUAGUAGGACCGUCCCACGUCACGAGCGAUGCCCUCGGCGAAGGGUUCGAUUUUUCCGAUUUGAAUGCUACGUCAUUGGAUAAGCUAUUCGUGCCGACGGUGGCUGUCGAUCAGAAUUACAUUCGACAGGAGUAUCGUGCCUUGUACAGUAAAUGUUGGCAGCACGAAGCUGCCGUACGUCCCACGGCCAGCAUUGCUCGUUCCACCCUCCACGGUAUGCUGGAGCGGAUUGUCUGUUGUAAAUAGUAAAGUGCAAAAUAUUUGUGUUAAUGCUAGGUUUUUUUUAAGUGUUUGUUCAAGCAGAUAGCUAAUCUGCAAUAUAUUUUAGCUUGUUUUCAUGUGUCGUCAAGUCACUUUUGUAUUAUUGUUUCCUAUUUAAGGAAUAAUAUUUUAAUUGAUAAAAUAAUCGAAAUUAUUUUAUAUUCAAACCACAUCCAGCUGGUAGAAUAA